AUGUCAUCAAUGAAAAUUGCAAACCUCACGCAGGAAUGGUUUGAAUGUUUGCAUAGCUGGCACCUAGACCUGUUCUUCAUUCCCGCCACUAUUGUCACUCUGGCCACCUUGCUGGCAAACCCUGUCCUCCUGACAUGCAUCUUUCUGUCCCGCGCCUUGCGUCAGGAGACCCGCUACCUGCUGUUGGCCAACACCCUGGCAGCAGACAUGCUCUUCCUCGUCCUCAACCUGGUCACGGUGGCUUGUAACGCCCUGGGAGCUGAGAUCCCCGAGCUCCUUUGUGAACUGAACACAGCCAUCACCGUCACUGCCUACUGCUGCGCCAUCCUCACGGUCACUCUCAUGGUGGCCGACACUUACAUGGCCGUCCGCUGGCCACUUCACUACCAUGACCUGCUGCCACCAUCCCGUAUCCACCGCAUCCUGGUGGGCAUCUGGUUGCUGGCAGCCAUGUACCCUUUCUCCCUGGUGGUCAUUAUGGAGGUGGUGAGGGAGAACCCGCACGAGAAGACGUCCGUGUGUCUGGUCCUCAUCUCCCUCGGCUUCAUACAGGCCAAGAACACGGUGGGGAUCCACAUCUACUUCUCCGCGGCUGCGAUCAUCUGCACCAUGCUCAUUUUCUACUGCUAUGUGCGCCUCUACAUGGUAACCAAGACCCAGGGCAUUUGGCAGAGCCGGUACUCCAGGGCCCGAGUCACCCUUCUGGCCCACGGGGUGCUGCUGCUGCUCUACUUCACCCCGGGUUUGAUCUUCACUAUGGAGCUUUUCCUCUUCCAGAAGGAGAACAUCAGCCAGGAUGUCCGCGUGUGGAUCAGCACGGUCAACAUGUGCGUCUUCAUGUUGCUGCCGAGGGCGUUGGCACCUUACCUGUAUGGACUGAGGUACAGGGAGAUCUCCGAUACCCUGCUACAGCUGUUUGACCGACACACGAGGCUUAGCCAGGCCACUGUGGCCUAA